GAGGUGCGAGUCUUCGGGCAGCGAUUCCGCAAUCCCCUGGGCCUGGCCGCUGGCUUCGACAAGCAGGGUGAGGCCGUGGAUGGGCUGUUCAGGAUGGGCUUUGGCUUCGUGGAAGUGGGCACCGUCACGCCCCAGCCCCAGGAGGGGAACCCCAAGCCCAGGGUUUUCCGUCUGGCAGAGGAUGAGGCAGUCAUCAACAGGUAUGGGUUCAACAGCCAUGGCCACGUUGCGGUGCAGCGCAGGCUGCGAGCACGCCAGGACACACAGAGCAGGCUCACUGGUGAGGGGAUGCCCCUUGGAGUCAACCUGGGCAAGAACAAGAGCUCCACUGACGCUGUAGCUGACUAUGUGGCUGGGGUCCGGACACUGGGCCCUUUGGCUGACUACCUGGUUGUGAAUGUGUCCAGUCCAAACACCCCAGGGCUGAGGGACCUGCAGGGCAAGGCUGAGCUGCGGGACCUGUUGAGCAAGGUGCUGGCGGAGAGGGACCUGCUGCCCUGUGAGCGUAAGCCAGCUGUGCUGGUGAAGAUUGCUCCUGACCUCACCAUGCAGGACAAGCUGGACAUCGCCAGCGUUGUCUGUGAGCUAGGUGUGGAUGGGCUGAUUGUCAGCAACACCACAGUGAGCCGCCCCAGCAACCUCCAGAGCAGGCACCGCACAGAGCUGGGGGGCCUCAGCGGGAAGCCCCUGCGGGAGCUCUCCACACAGACCAUCAGGGAGAUGUACACCCUCACCCAAGGCCGAGUGCCCAUCAUCGGGGUGGGUGGGGUGAGCAGCGGGAAGGAUGCUCUGGAGAAGAUCCGUGCCGGAGCCUCACUCGUGCAGCUGUACACAGCACUUGUGUACCAUGGGCCGCCUGUGGUGGGGGCAGUGAAGCGGGAACUAGAGGAGCUGCUGAGGGAGCAGGGGUUCAAGAGCGUCAUGGAGGCAGUUGGAGCAGAUCACCGGUGCUGA